CUGCCAGUGUCUGAGCUCAGUGAGCGAAUGGAAAACAGUUGGCUGGACUAGCCUGUCGAAACAUUUCGGAGUGGACAAGGCAGCAAUGAGCCGACAAGGUUUUAUCGGGGCUUCUCCCUCAAUCAACUUCUCCUCGAGGAUCACUGAAAAUGGAUGUUCACACACAGCUCUAACGGAGGACGACUUGGAAACUUUGCAGUUUGAGCUUACAAAGACUGAGGAUGAGAUUCAGACCUUGAGACAAGUGCUUCUGUCCAAAGAAAAAUAUGCAGCAGACAUCAGGAAGCAGCUCGGACUGAGUCCUCUUAGCAACAUCAAACAGAACCUGUCCAAAGGCUGGCAAGAAGUCCAGACCUCAGCCCCGUAUCUCACAGCCUCUGCUACCCUGGAGGACAUCAGCCACUCCACUGUGUACACAAAGACACGGGACGGCCUCUGUCAGGCAGGACAGGUGACCUCUGCUGCGCUGUCCAGUGUGGGCGUGGUCAUCACCAGGAGACUGGCCCAGAUGAGAGCCCUGCCUCUUCCAAGCCCUCAACGAAGCUUGAGUCACACGAUUAGUGUGCCAACGAUGAGACAUUCCUCAACAUUCAAGUCUUUAGAAGAGAUGGUCGGCAAUGUGAAGGAUAAGGUGACUGGAGGCCUGUCAAAUAAUGGAGACACCUCUGGAUUUGAAAGAAGAUAUGUACGCAACUCGACAUGAAAUGAAACAACUUCUGAAUAUCCAACCAUGAAUUUUGGAAGAAAAAUCUUUUUUUCCGUCAUUGUAUUUUUAUUCAGUGUUAUUUCUGACAAUUAGCACAAACUAACUAAUAGAAUCUAAUAGAUUGAAAAGCUUUUGACAUCAAAUUUUGACAGUAAGUUCAUGUGUAACUUAAGUGAAAUUGGAAUUUUAAUUUUCCCAAGAUAAACUAUGAAUUCAUCUACUGGCAACAGUUGUCUGCAAAAUAUUUUUGUAAAGUCAUGUUUUUCAAUUAAAGUUUAUAGAAGU